AUGGCGUUGGACGAGCCGAAACCAAACCCUAGCUUGGAGGUGCUGCCCAAGGGAGUCGUCAUUAUUGCCGGCGGGGGACCGAUCGGUCUGCUACUUGCGCGAGUGCUCUCCUUCUACGGCGUGAAGUUGAGGCUCUUUGAACGCAAUAAGACCACCAUCAAGUGGCCAAAAAUGGAUCUGACAAAUGCUCGGUCAAUGGAGAUCUUCCGCAAGCUGGGCCUCGCCGAUGACCUCCGAAAGCAAGGCGUGCCGGCGAAUAUGGACCAGAAUGUUAUCAUCUCCACUGGGCUUCCUGCCGAAAAGCCGCUCACUCAAUGGGAUCUGCCAGGGGUAGAUAGCUUCAGGUCCCAGAUUCAGAAAACGAAUGACGGUACACAGCCCCAAGAGCCUUGGCAGAGAGUCUCGCAAGCCAUCUUCGAGAAGUGGCUAAAAAAGAUUUGCGAUGACGACCCUCUCAUUGACCUCAACUACGGCUUCAAGUUGGAACACGUCGAAGAGAACUCUAGCUUCGCAAACACGACGGUUACUGAUGUGGAUACUGGGAAGAGAACAGUGUUCAGGUCUGACUACGUCGUGGGCUGCGACGGCGCCUCGAGUCGAACCCGUACCUCGUUAUUCGUUCCUGUCGACGGAGGUCCAAUACCAUCUUGUGCCUUGAUAGUUCAUUUCAAGUCUCGUGAUCUAACAAAAUUACACAAACAAGGGAGGUUCUGGCACAUCUUCUUCCUCGGCCAGUCAGGCGGCUUUGAGGGCGCCAUUAUUUCACAAGACGAGAAGGAUACCUGGACGACCCAUCUAUUUCUGCCCCUAGAUGCCGAGCCUGAAAAGAUCGAAUCUCAUGAUGCCGUCUACCGCGUCCUCGGUGGGCUCUACGGACCGUACAAAUUCCAAAUCGACGAAAUCCUGGUCCAUUCCAUCUGGAGGCCAAAUAGAAGUCAAGAGGGGCAUGUGUUCCUCGCCGGCGACUCUGCACAUCAGAACAUUCCUACAGGGGGCUACGGGAUGAACAUGGGCAUCGGAGACGCCUUCGAUCUCGGAUGGAAACUCGCUGCGGUGAUCAAGGGUGAGGGUGGCGUAAGGCUCCUCGAGUCUUACGAACUGGAGCGCAAACCCGUGGCUCUCCGGAACGUGGAACGAUCCCACGUUCAUUUCAAAGUCCAUAAUGAGUUGCAGACCUUGCUCGGUGGCGGAAAUCCGCGUCGCGUUGACUCCGAUACAAAGGAGGCACGCCUCCUCAGACAGCAUGUUCAUGAGUUCUACCAAAGUCAUGACGGGGAAAACAGGGACAUUGGGAUAGAGAUGGGAUACCGGUACAAAUCACACGUCAUUUUUCAUCAACAAGACGACGGUAGCGAGCCUCUCUCGGAUCCACGCUACUACACCCCGACGACGUGGCCUGGUGGUCGGCCCCCUCACUUGUUCCUCUCAGAUGGCACCGCAAUAUUCGAUAAGUUUGGAAAACACUGGUCGUUGCUUUUCUUCACUGAUGUGGAUGUGGGACAAUAUCAUCUUUUCAAAGCCGCGAAUGAUAUGAGCUUGAGUAUGUCGCUUGUUCAUCUCUCGGGAGAGACGCAAGCUAGAGGGUUGUAUGAGAGAGACCUGGUCUUGAUCCGCCCAGACCAACAUGUUGCCUGGAGAGCCGAGGCGGUGGAAUCACCAGCAAUUGCAGAUACGAUCCUAUGUAAUAUCUCUGGUCAAAUUUUAAAUGACGCAAAACACGGGAUGACGAUGGCUUCUGAGAAGUCGAUGAAGACAGGGGGAGUUCCCAGCUGA